AUGCUCUGCGUCAUACGCGCCCUGCGGCGCGUGCAGGCAUCUCCUGCCGUCCUACGGCAUCUGGCGCAGCAAUCGAGCGGUCCGGCACGCCUAAACGGGGACCUUCUGCGCCUUCAUGACGUGCGCCUAAUCUCCGAAGCCGGAGAAGAUCGCGGCGUGAUGCCCUCUCGCAAAGCGCUCUCGGAGGCGCGCGGGCUGGGCCGGGAUCUAAUGGAAGUGAACGGUCACGCCAAGCCCCCGGUAGUGCGCAUUGUAGAUUACACCGCGCUACAGUCGGCACGCGCCAAAAAAAGCUACGACGCGCGGAAAAGAGGCAAGGAGAACCGGAAAAUGGAGCGUAAGGAAGGGGCCCUGAAACAGGUGAGGUUGUCGCCGUCAACGGACACCCACGAUAUGCAGAUCAAGAUGCGGAGGGCGCGCGAGUUCUUGUGUGACGGGUAUCGCGUGAGGGUAUACAUGCAAUUUAGAAGGGGGCAAGGGAGGCUGCAGGAAGAUGCCAAGGCAGCGUUGGUCGCAGCGGCCGAGAGACUAGAGGAGGUGGGUACGGUAAUGGGUGUACCCCAAGGGAAGGAGGUGGCGGAUAUGUUCAAGGUGGAAAAGGAAGACGAGGAGGCAAUGGGAGUGACCGUGAAAAAGAAGCCUUUAGAAAUAUUGAUUCAGCCCCUAUCGAGAAAGAAAAGGGAGUUGUUGAAUAAAGCGGGUGUGGAAGCAGAUGCGUAG